UUGAUGAGGGCGCAUUUGGUAGAGGCCAGUGCCAAUUCCAUCUCAAGAUUUCACAACGAAACCCUUAAAAAACCCUAAAUUGACAGUCGUCUAAGAACGAGUUUCUGUAUUCAAAGAGUCCAAAAAACCCUAAUUUGACAGUCGUCUAAGAACCGGUUUCUGUUUUCAAAGAGUCCAAAAUAGAAAAGGUUGAUAGGGAAGAAAUUUCGUAUCUUAUCGUUUACUGUAAAAUCUAGGGUUUAUGUUUUGUCUGAACUUUCUUUUUUAACCAUAUUCAUUUGCUUGUUCACCGUUUCAAGAAGCGAGAGUCCAUGUCGCUUUGAAGAUUGGCACUUUUAUUGAACAUUUCAGUUGUAUCAGAGCCACGAAGCUGACGAAUUAAGAAAAUCUUAUCUGGUCGCCGGUCUUAUAUUAUUGCUUCAUAUAUAAAUAAUUUAUAAAAGGAUUGGUCGCUCUUAAGGGGCUUAAAGUCUUUGCAAGAGCGGAAACCCUUGAACUCAGAUUUUGGGAGCCAGUCGUGACAGGGAUCGGUUUCUGGUGAGUGGAAGUGGCCAUCGAUCGUUAGGCUGUAAAGUCUGAAAAUGGGAGAAGUGGGCUCUGCAAUUGCAAAAGAUAUUACUGAAUUGAUUGGUAAAACACCUUUAGUUUAUCUUAAUAAUGUCACAGAGGGCUGUGUUGCCCGCGUUGCUGCUAAACUGGAGGGGAUGGAGCCCUGCUCCAGCGUCAAGGACAGGAUUGGGUACAGCAUGAUCUCAGAUGCUGAAGCGAAGGGUCUAAUUACACCUGGACAGAGUGUGUUGAUUGAGCCUACCAGUGGCAACACCGGCAUAGGGCUGGCCUUUGUUGCUGCAGCUAAGGGUUAUCGACUCAUCAUCACCAUGCCCACUUCUAUGAGCCUUGAGAGGAGAAUAAUCUUGCGAGCUUUUGGAGCUGAAUUAGUCCUCACUGAUCCUGCAAGAGGGAUGAAAGGUGCUGUUCAAAAGGCGGAAGAGCUAUUGGAGAAGAUACCCAACUCUUACAUUCUUCAGCAGUUUGAAAAUCCUGCUAACCCUAAGAUCCAUUAUGAGACCACUGGACCUGAGAUCUGGAAAGGUUCUGGUGGCAAAAUUGAUGCCUUUGUUUCUGGAAUUGGAACGGGAGGCACAGUUACUGGUGUAGGGCGUUAUCUGAAGGAGCGAAAUCCUGAAAUCAAGCUCUUUGGUGUCGAGCCAGUUGAAAGUGCUAUUCUCUCUGGAGGAAAGCCUGGUCCUCAUAAAAUUCAAGGAAUUGGUGCUGGUUUUAUACCUGGGGUUUUGGAAGUCAAUAUCCUGGAUGAUGUCAUACAGGUCUCGAGUGAUGAAGCAGUUGAAAUGGCCAAGCAGCUUGCUCUGAAAGAAGGAUUGCUGGUGGGUAUAUCAUCAGGGGCUGCUGCUGCUGCUGCAAUCAAGCUUGGAAAGAGGCCAGAGUAUACUGGGAAGCUCAUUGUUGUUGUGUUCCCCAGUUUUGGGGAGAGGUAUUUGUCAACGGUCUUGUUCGAUUCCAUCAAAAAAGAGUGCGAAAGCAUGACUUUCGAGACGUGAAUGCUGAGAAAUCUCUUGCUGCAUGUAUUUUUCUAUUUUCUGUUUUUGGAAUUACCAAGGAUUGAUAUAU